ACUUCCAGCUUCGAAUCCACGUCUCUGCAACUAAGAAAUGUAAAAAAAUUAUGCCUUUACGCGGAGACAAUUGAAGCUCAUUUCAGUAUCCAACGAAAGCUCCAAAAUCUUAACCUCCAAGCUUCCAUUUGCAAACCCUAAAUAUCUGCCAUAUUUCCAAUCUGAAGCCCUAUGAUUUAUUGGAAUCGGUAAUUGAAGCUUCAAUUGGUUUUCUCACAAAAAUCAAUUCAAUUCAGUGAUUAAUUAGUUGUCCCAAAAUUUCCUGCAAAUCUGUUUAAUCUGCUCAAUUCUUCGGGCCUUACACGUAGAAGUACUUUGGAACAAUGUCAUUUGAGGACGAGGAGGCGCUGGAGCACACGCUUUUGGUUGUUCGUGAAGUGUCUGUGUUUAAAAUCCCUCCUCGGAGUACGAGCGGCGGUUAUAAAUGUGGUGAGUGGCUACAAUCUGAUAAGAUCUGGUCAGGGCGUCUGCGUGUGGUUUCGUGUAAAGAACGGUGUGAGAUCCGGCUUGAGGAUCCCAACUCAGGCGAGCUCUUUGCCGCCUGCUUUGUCCUCCCUGGGCAGAGGGAGAACUCUGUUGAAACUGUUCUCGAUUCGUCUCGCUACUUUGUGCUGAAGAUAGAGGAUGGGAGCGGCAAGCACGCCUUUAUUGGGUUAGGAUUUAAUGAGAGGAAUGAGGCAUUUGAUUUCAACGUCGCGCUCUCUGAUCAUGAGAAGUAUGUAAAGAGAGAGAAUGAGAAGGAGACGGGUGAAUCAAGCAAUGCCAAUCAUAUCGAUAUUCUUCCUGCAGUGAAUCACAGAUUGAAGGAAGGUGAGACUAUCCGGAUAAAUGUAAAAAACAAACCAACUAGUGGAACUGGCAUGCUUUCAGCUGCUGGAUUGUCUGGUGCUGUUUCUAGCACUGUGAAGCCGAAGACUCUGGGCCUUGCUCCACCACCAAGCGGGGCAGGAAAAAUCAGAUCCCCUCUUCCACCACCACCCAAUGAUCCUGCUACUGCUCGGAUGGCUGCUGGCGGUCAUGGUGUUGGACUCAAGGGUUCUAUGGAAAACGUAAGGCGUGCAAAUGAUACUUUCUCAGAUUUCUCUCAACUUGAGAGAACCCUUCCUUCUACUUCUGGAUCGGGAUCAACAAAGAGCUCUGCUGCAGGAUGGGCAGCAUUUUAGAUUUGUAUGAGCAUUUGUUGGAUUUGAGUGCUGUUGAUUUUUCUCUCUAGUAGAUUAAAAAAAGAAAAGAAGUGAAGGGACAUGGGAGAAAAGGGUGGGGGGAGACUAAGGCAUUAUGUACUUUACUGAUAUAUUUAAAAAACAAUGUUUAAUGGAAUAUGCCUAUUAUUUUGUCUGCUCUAACUUGAAUUUAGAAGCCUCUAAUUUAAUUUAGUAAAUAAUUUCUGAGAUUAUCAUA